AGUUGGAUGAGCCAGAAAAAGAGGAAACAUAGCGUUAGUAAGAAUGCUAUGUUUUCUCCAAUUUUCUUCUCUCUUCCUGCAAAAGUUGGCUUCCUCUUAUCGAUACUCCCAUCUCCCUUUAUAUUUCUCUCUCUCUCUCUCUCUCUCUCUCUCUCUCCAUCAUUAGUCCCUGCUAGCCUCUUUUUCCCCUUCCUUUCCCUUCACAGGAAUCAACAGCCUCGGCAGCCUGCCGAUCGUGUCCUUUUGAUGAUUCUCACAACGUUUUCAUCUCCCUAUUCAUGAAGCCUAGCGUAUCGCCGGCGCCGGCGCCGGCUAACCGCCCUCGCCGCCGGCCAGACCUCACUCUCCCCAUGCCCCAGCGUGACCCUUCCCUCGCCGUCCCCCUUCCCCUCCCCCCUCCCUCCUCAAACUCCAUUCCGACUCCCCCUUCCACGAUCGGUCAAUCCCUCCCCACCCCAAGCUUCUCCGACCUCGAACGCAUCCGCCGCAUCGGCAGCGGCAGCGGCGGCACGGUCUAUAUGGUCCGCCACCGCACCACUGGUCGAAUCUUCGCACUCAAAGUCAUCUACGGAAACCAUGAAGAGGCAGUACGCCGUCAGAUCUGCCGCGAGAUCGAGAUCCUUCGAACGGCUGACAACCCCUUCGUGGUCCGAUGCCACGGCAUGUACGACCACGCCGGUGAGAUCCAGAUCCUCCUCGAGUUUAUGGAUGGCGGAUCCCUCGAUGGCAAAAAGAUAUCGUCGGAACGCUUCCUUGCCGAGGUCGCCCACCAGAUCCUCACCGGCCUCGCUUACCUCCAUCGCCAAAAGAUCGUCCAUCGCGACAUCAAACCCUCGAAUCUACUAAUCAACGCCGCGCGUCAGGUCAAAAUAGCUGACUUUGGAGUGAGCCGGAUCCUGGCGCAGACCAUGGAUCCCUGUAAUUCUUCGGUGGGGACGAUCGCAUACAUGAGCCCGGAGAGGAUCAACACCGAUCUGAAUCAUGGGAUUUAUGAUGGAUAUGCUGGUGAUAUAUGGAGUUUUGGUCUGAGCAUAUUGGAGUUCUAUUUAGGGAGGUUUCCUUUUGGGGAGAAAUUGGGGCGGCAGGGUGAUUGGGCAAGCCUUAUGUGCGCUAUCUGCUACUCGAAUCCUCCGGAGGCUCCACCGACGGCAUCGAGAGAGUUCAGGACCUUCAUUUCUUGUUGCCUCCAGAAAGAGCCGGCACGCCGCCUUACAGCUGCACAACUUCUGCAGCAUUCUUUCAUCACCCAGCUUCAGCACCCGCCAUUACAGUCAUCUUCAUCAUCCUCUUCCAACUCCUCUCAUCCAUGAGCAUUAGCUUCCCCGUGAAUUGAGUUGGUUGAACGAUGCUGGGCGGCGAUUCGAAGCUCCUAUCAAAAAUGGGAUUUUUCCCCUUAUUCCUGAUUUCUUCUAUCAAGAUCUUCAUCUCUCCGCAUGAAUAUGGUGACGAGGAGCCGGUAGUGCUGGACCUGGUUAGGAAUGUUAUUGAACUAUGGGUUGGGAUGGAUUCCCUCUGCUAUACGUUAUGAUGUGAUCAACUGAUGAACUAUUGUAAGGAGGAACAGCAAUUUGCAAGUGGGAGAAUCAAUUCCUUCUCUUUUCUUUCUGUCUAAAAUUUGUGUGAUGCUUCUUUAUUUGAUCACAUUGCGCUUCUCAUCUGCAAGUCCUGGAUAAAAUUUUGAUCUUUUGUCAGCGAGAUUCAUGAGAUUCAAAGAAACAAGUGAAAAAUGCUUUAGAAGAUUGAAGAACCAAAUUGAGCUUGGGAUUCGGAAUCUUAUUCUAUUCCUCAAUAAAUAACUUAUGGUUACUAUUUCUUAGCUGAAUUAUCUUAUCCUGGGACAGGGGCUGGGUUUGCCUUUCUGUUGUGGGAGAUUUUUCUGUCAGCUUAGCUCGACAAAA